GAAUUCAUUUUCGCCAUUCAUUUCGAUUGAACGCUGAAUUGAAGCACACGUUUGGAUACAAGACUUGAUUUGCGGAUCAAUUGAAAUUCAUUUUACCGGUCAUUGAAUCCGCGCAUCGAUUGAGUGUUUGAAUCGCAAGAAUGGAGUCAAGCAAUGGUUCGUCGGCCGCCUCUCAGGCCAUCUCUAAUCAGGCCUUUCAGGAGGCGUUACAACGCGCCCGACAGUUGGCGGCGAAGAUCAAUAGGGAAGCCGGCGGUGGUUCCGGUGGUGGCGGAGGGGGUGGCGGUGGCGGCGGAGGACCACCUCUAGGAGGUCCGCCACCCUCUGGCGACAGAGACAGA